AUGAACAAUAAUGAUAUUGUUCUCCAAAUAACGUCAGCAACAUUUGAUAUUCAUAUUCAAGAAAUAUUAGGUAGCAUGGUAUUGAGUUCCACCUUAGUCAUGCUUCAUCCAAAUGGUAAUCUUGAAAUGGACUAUGUUUCAAAAGUAAUUAAUGAUAAUUGUGUAACGUACAUUAUUUUUGUGCCUAUAUUAACACGUAUAUUAUGUGACUAUCUGGAAACGAAAAAAGACAACAUCGCAAAAACUGUACGAUGUUUUUGUUCUAUAGGUGAGGCAAUGAUACCAAAAACGGUGGCAAAAUUAGCUUCUUACUUGCAUCCGAUGUGUAAGAUUUAUAAUUUAUAUGGUCCAGCUGAGACUACUCUUGUUUCUACCUAUCAUUUGGUACAAUUGCAAGAUCUAUGUGAAAUAACGAUACCAAUAGGCCGUCCGCUACCCAACUAUCAGUGUCUUAUUCUAGAUAAUUACUUGCAACCUGCUCUGACUGGUGAAUUGUAUAUUGGUGGCAUAGGAGUUUUUCAUGGCUAUUUAGGUCAUCCGAACUUAACGCAACAAGCAUUAGUGAAUAUUUCUGGAGAAGGAAAAUGGUAUAAGACAGGUGAUUUAGUCAAAUUAGACUCUAACGGUGAAAUUCAGUUCGUAGGGCGUCUAGAUUUCCAGAUUAAACUUAGAGGUCAACGUAUUGAAACUGGUGAAAUCGAACAAAUUAUUCUUAAGGACGGUUCAUUAUCGUUCGAAAUUUCCAACUGUACCAUUACCAAAGUAAACGAUGAAAAAACAAAGGAGGAUCAUUUAAUUGCAUAUAUACAAUCAACUUCAACAGAGGAUAAACAAGUGUUAGAAAGUCAUUUAAAAGCACAUUGCCAUUCUUGGUUACCAUCUUAUAUGAUUCCAUCUAUGUUCAUUAUUCUAGACGAAUUUCCUCUGAAUUCCAAUGGCAAAGUUGCUCGGCAGCAGCUACCGAAACCGGACUUUAGAAGAUUACAAGCAAAAAUCGAAACAAUUGAACCGAUAACCAGGCUCGAAACUGUAGUACACAGCAUUUGGUGCAAAAUUUUUAACUUAAACAAUAUAUCCAUGACUAAAAAUCUCUUGGAAUUAGGCGGUGAUUCAAUAACAAAAAGUUUGAAUGUUUCACAAUUGUUGAAUGCAUCAUCUUUAGUUGAUCAUGUCAAACUGAUAUUAGAACUAGAGGAAGAUGAUGAUCAAGAUUCCAAUACUGUGAAGCAACGAUGGAAAACUUUGAACGUCUGUGAAGGUAAUACAGUUAUCCCAUUCACAUCCCGAAUUUAA